AUGGCUCUCAGUGCAUUUGCAUUUCCUGGGAACUUAAGCAAGGUGGUGGUUUCAAAUUCUGUAAAGCAUGGUCUUUUAUGUUCCAGCUGGCUCAGUGGAACCGAUCUGCAGCUUCAAUUUGAAUCCCAAAAUAAUCAGGUAGCGAAAAAGUAUAAUGGAAUUCGGGCGUCUUUGUCAGAAAGUGGGGAGUAUUACUCACAGAGACCUCCAACUCCGCUACUGGACACUAUCAACUACCCAAUUCACAUGAAAAAUCUUUCCACUAAGGAACUGAAACAACUCGCGGAUGAAUUACGAUCAGACAUCAUUUUUAAUGUUUCAAAGACGGGGGGUCAUUUAGGUUCGAGCCUUGGUGUUGUUGAGCUCACUGUAGCUCUUCAUUAUGUGUUCAACUGCCCCCAAGACAAGAUUGUCUGGGAUGUUGGUCAUCAGUCUUACCCACACAAGAUUUUGACUGGGAGAAGGGACAAAAUGCCAACUUUGAGACAAACUGAUGGACUUUCAGGAUUUACUAAACGUUCAGAAAGUGAAUAUGAUUGCUUUGGUACUGGUCAUAGUUCUACCAGCAUCUCAGCAGGCCUAGGAAUGGCCGUAGGAAGGGAUCUGAAAGGAAGGAAAAACAAUGUAGUUGCAGUAAUUGGUGAUGGAUCUAUGACAGCCGGGCAGGCUUAUGAAGCUAUGAAUAAUGCUGGAUACCUGGAUUCUGACAUGAUUGUUAUUCUCAAUGACAACAAGCAAGUUUCAUUGCCAACUGCUACAUUAGAUGGGCCAGCUCCUCCUGUUGGAGCUCUAAGUAGUGCUUUGAGUCGGUUGCAGUCAAACCGGCCUCUUCGAGAACUGAGAGAAGUUGCCAAGGGAGUUACCAAGCAGAUUGGUGGUCCAGUUCAUGAGCUUGCUGCAAAAGUUGAUGAAUAUGCCCGUGGCUUGAUUAGUGGCUCUGGUUCAACUCUAUUCGAAGAGCUUGGAUUUUAUUAUAUUGGUCCUGUGGAUGGUCACAGCAUUGAUGAUCUUGUUGCUAUUCUCAAAGAAGUCAAGAGUACUAAAACAACAGGUCCGGUAUUAAUCCAUGUUGUCACUGAGAAAGGCAGAGGUUAUCCUUAUGCCGAGAAAGCAGCUGACAAGUACCAUGGAGUGGUUAAGUUUGAUCCAGCAACAGGGAAGCAAUUCAAGUCCAGUGCUAAAACACAGUCUUACACAACGUACUUUGCUGAGGCUUUAAUUGCAGAAGCAGAGGCAGACAAAGAUGUGGUUGCAAUUCAUGCUGCAAUGGGAGGUGGAACAGGCUUGAACCUGUUUCUACGGCGUUUCCCUACCAGAUGUUUUGAUGUUGGGAUAGCAGAACAACAUGCCGUUACUUUCGCUGCUGGUUUGGCUUGUGAAGGCCUGAAGCCUUUUUGUGCAAUCUAUUCAUCUUUCAUGCAAAGGGCGUAUGACCAGGUAGUGCAUGAUGUGGAUUUACAAAAGCUGCCUGUUAGAUUUGCUAUGGAUAGAGCUGGUCUGGUUGGAUCAGAUGGUCCUACUCAUUGUGGUUCCUUUGAUGUGACGUUUAUGGCAUGCCUUCCAAACAUGGUGGUGAUGGCCCCUUCAGAUGAAGCUGAACUAUUUCACAUGGUUGCUACUGCUGCAGCUAUCGAUGACAGACCUAGCUGUUUCCGAUAUCCAAGGGGAAAUGGAAUAGGUGUAGAACUGCCACCAGGGAACAAAGGCACUCCUCUGGAGGUAGGGAAAGGAAGGAUAUUGAUUGAAGGGGAGAGAGUAGCUCUAUUGGGCUACGGAACAGCAGUACAAAGCUGUUUGGCUGCGGCAGCGCUAUUACAACCUCAUGGUUUGCAGUUGACUGUUGCAGAUGCACGCUUUUGCAAGCCAUUGGAUCAUUCUCUUAUACGGAGUCUUGCAAAAUCACACGAUGUCUUGAUCACGGUUGAAGAAGGAUCAAUUGGAGGUUUUGGAUCUCACGUUGCACAGUUUAUGGCCCUUGAUGGGCUUCUUGAUGGAAAAUUGAAGUGGAGACCGCUGGUACUUCCUGAUCGAUACAUCGAACAUGGAUCUCCAGCUGAUCAAUUGUCAGAAGCAGGUCUCACACCAUCUCAUAUCGCGGCAACUGUAUUUAACAUACUUGGACAAACUAGGGAAGCUCUGGAAAUCAUGUCAUAG